UCCAGACGACCGGCCUCCUAGACUAGCGAACCUAGCGGGGAGUCCUGAAACCACUUAGUAAACACACGCUGGUUUUGGGAUAGGCGAUAGUGUACCUUACUAUUAUAUCGUGAUUAAGGGUUAAUUUUCUGUUAUGUUUGUAGGUCUAGUGCAGAGCAUUUCAAGGAUCUUUUUUAAAACAUGAACUAUUCAGUACAAGUCACGGGUCCAGCUCUUUCUUUUCUCUAUUUUUCAGUUUCAUCAUGCUUGACAGAAGGAUUUCUUCUUGGAACAUUUGUGGAGAAACAGGUUGAAAUAAUAUCAGAUUCAAGUGAACAUUGUGUUAAACAAGAGACUAUAAUAAGGGUUUCCGGAGUCUUUCCUUGUUCUCUAACUUCAAAACUAUUUGAUUCAUUUGAAAAUGAGAUGUUGUUUCCACAGCAGGGUGAUUCUGUUGUUGUAGGUUGGUUCUGUGGCAGAAGGAAUUGCCUCCUCAAACCAUCUUUUCGUGAAACAGCCUUGCACACUAAACUGAAUGAACAAUUCAACCUAAAUUCUGCCCAAAGAUUUGUGUUUGUUUUAGUUCAAGACGCGAUCAAUCAGUCUAGCAUUACACGUGAAUUUCAGGCCAAAUUCUUUCAGUUUGAUAACAUAAGAAGAAAAUGGGUCCCCUUGAUUGGAUCUAUACUGAACUGGAAUCAGGAAGCAAGUCUCUCCAAGAAAUCUCCAUACAGAUCAUUACCUACGCUUGAGCCUGGCUUACUAUCAUUGUUUGAAGAACAACAUAAAAAUAAGGGGUUGACUGAUGAAAAACUCAUUGAAGCUGUUUUCAAAAGUGCUCACAACUACCUGAUAGAGUCUUUGGAAAGGAUAGCUAAGAUUAGCUCUGAAAUUGCCCAAGUAAAACGUCAGAUUACUAGUUUGGAAGCAGCGGGAGGUGGCGAUGCGAGCUUAAUGGAAACGAACGAUGACCGAAAAGAUGUUUCAGCAGAGGACCCAUUGUCAAAUAAUUCCAUUCCUUCUUCGAGUCGUCGUAAUCGUAGUAGACUUUCUUCUUUGUGUAUUCAAGAGAGAAAUGACACUUCGGAAACUUCAAUACCGUCAACAACAUUUCACAAGUCGUUUGAUCAAAGCGCCUCUCCGUCUAAAACUUCUUCUCAAGAAUAUUAAAUGUCUUAACUAAUUCAUCGAUUGAAUUCGAAGGUGACCUAGAAUAUUUCACUCAUAUCAGAUGUGAAACGCGACAACCAUAAUAUAAUCAACAUGUUUGCUCAUCAAAUAAAUGUACAGCCUUUUUAUUGUGA